AUGAUAAUAAUAAUAAGAAAAUCAAUAAUAAUAAAGAAAAUAAUGAUAAUAAUAACAUCUGUGUUAACUGUUUCAAAUUCCACUGGGGAAAUUCUUUCGCAAGGAAUGGAUCAGAGUUAUGACCCGUGUGAAAAUUUUUAUAUGUUCGCAUGUGGCGGAUAUCUGAAAAAACACCAAAAACUGCCAGAAGGAGCGUCAAGAAUUGGGACUUAUGAUGAAACGCAGAAGAAGGUUAAUUUAGCUGUAGCGAAGAGGCUUAAUAACACUUCGAAUCUAAAGUCUACAACUGAACAAAUUCUAAAAAAGGUAUUUUUAUAUGAUUAUAUAAUAAUCAGUUUUAAUGGAAUUCCGAUGAUUGACCGACAAUGGGUUGCACCGAGUGAUACCGAGUUUUGGAAGGGAGUUGCAACAUUGGAGCGCUUAUACUCUAUGCCUACGCUGCUGCAAUCUUUUGUCACAGUAGAUUAUAAAAAUGUUAGCAAGAAUGCUCUAUAUGUCAACCAAGAUGUAACUGACGCAUUAUCGUUGGAAAAAAAAUUAGCAUCAGCAUCGUUACCAGACGAACAACUUCGGAAUUUCAAUGAGCAGUACAAUCUAAUGACUUUGACUGAACUUGGCGCUACUUAUCCAGGAAUUCUUUGGAAAAGCUACUUUGAGACGCUGACAAACGUAAUUCCAAAAAAUUGCAAUAAAAGAAGCAAAAAACUUUUUAGAGAAAGUUUUUCUGAAAUUUUAAAAUUGUUGCGGUUUUUCAAGCUGAAAAAGUCAUUGAAAAUUUGUGUUUUUGUAGGUUAUACAUAUCUGCAAACAGUGGAUCCGGCUGAACGUGAAAACGUGCGUAAAGAUAUAAAAGAGCAGAUGAGUAACAUCAUUACAUCAUUUACUGAAAUGACCGGUACACUGAAAUGGCUCACACCACUGUCUUUGACUAAUGUUAAACAAAAAGCCGACGGUUUAAUUAAAAACUAUGGGUGGCCUGACAGUCUAUACAGCGAUUUUGUUGAUUGCACAGCACUUGACAAGUAUCAUUCAGAAUACGAAAGCAUUAAUUCUGUGACAGACUGGUUCGAAAUUUUGCUAAAAUUGAAAGGUGCUUACGCAGCAACCACAAAUUUUCUUCUUUACGAAAAACCUCCUGAUCGAACAAAUUUCUUGAUGUCACCAGCACUUGUGAACGCCUGGUAUCAGCCUGAAAGAAAUUCGAUAACUAUACCUUACGCAGCGCUGAACCCGCCUUAUUACAAAUAUGGCUUUCCGCAAGCUUACAACUAUGCUGGGCAAGGUGGUACAGCUGGGCAUGAAUUAACGCAUGGAUAUGAUGACGAAGGUGUACAGUUUGGCCCUGAUGGAGCACUUACAAAUUGUUCCUGGGACCACUGCGGUUGGAUGGAUAGAAAUUCGACAUCUGGAUUCAUUAACAUGGCUCAGUGUGUCGUAACUCAGUAUUCUGAGAAAUGUUGCCCCAUGACAACUGGAAAUGUUCACUGCGCAAACGGUGAAAGAACACAAGGAGAGAAUAUUGCAGAUAUUGGAGGUCAACUGGCAGCAUACAAAGCCUAUCAGAAAUACGUCCAGAAGAAUGGCAAAGAAUUAGGUGUUCCACAUUUGGAGCAGUACACACCUAAUCAAAUAUUUUGGAUAACGUACGGAUAUUCGUGGUGUAUGGUAUACAGCGACGACAAUCAAGACUGUCGAGUUAAUCAAGUUCUCCGAGAUCUGCCAGAAUUUGCAGCAGAUUUCAACUGCAAAGUUAAUUCUUACAUGAAUCCUGCUCCAACUAAUCGUUGUGAAGUUUGGUAUAAUGCGGUAUAA